CGUCUCAAUUUAUCAUUAAAAAUUUCCUUCCAAACGGCACGAGACAAUCGAUUCUAAAUGUAAAAUUAUCUGUUUUAAUUUUAAAACGAUGAAUUUCUCAAUUCCACUCGUUUUAGCUGUAUUAUCAUAUUUCGAGCCUCAGACUUCUACUACCCACAGAUUUAAACGUGAUGUUGUUCAACCCCUCGAAUUUACACAGUUAAUUGAAGCUCUUUCCUACGGAGAUAAUUGUUCCUACGUUGUGGAAGAAAUGAGAGAAAAGUUUGCAAAAUCCAUUCUAGCCGAAAAAUUGGAUGAGUCGGCAGUAAUUCUAAAAUUCAACAAAUUCCAAUCCGACAUUACCAAACGAGGACUUCCGCUAUGUUCUACAGAUAAAUUCGUUAUUUGCGAUAAAAUCAGCGCAAAAUGUGUGUGUGGUGAUCUUGGACGAAGUUCAUUCUUAGGUGAAAACCAUCCUUCCGGCCAUGCUUCUAAAUUUGUCCCGAAUUUGAAAACUGGUUCUUGUCGCUGGGGGGAAGGUACUGCCUGCGUUCCGAAGGAGGAUGACCCCACCAGAACAGACUUCUGUACUUUACGCACCCACUGCGCCAACACAAAGACCGGGAAUCCUUGCCAACCAAGUGACCAUAUUAACGAGUAUAUUUCACGUGGAACAAAUAAUGGAAUCAAGGCUACUUUCUCCGGGGAGAUUUGUUCUUGCCAAAGGGAUGAUAAGCCCAAAGCACCUUACGAACAAGGAAGCGAUAGUAAACAUAAAAGCGAUAAUAAGCUCGGAAAAUCUCAAGCUGUUUGUACCAAUCGUGACUGCGGUAGGGUACUCGUCACAAUUUUUGCAACGCUUGCAAUUUUGAGUUUAAUGUUAGAUAUAUAGAUAUUAAAUUAGUUGUGAGGCUAAGGUUAUAGUUUAGCAUUAACUAAUUUAGGUUAUCGUAAGUAAUUAAAAAAUAUUGAGGAAUCGGUAUGGUAAUGCUCUUCUCUCAAUUGCAUGAGGCCCUAGGGGAUCCUUGCCGUUUUAAUAAGCAAAAAAUUAGCAAUGUAUAACAAAAUGAAUUAAAUCCAUUAUAUUGUAGCUUCAAUAUUGGAGCUUUGAAGUGAAUAAAAUCUGAAAUUUCA